CUACGAAUUAGGAAGCAGGCGCAGUGUUAGUCACCUGUCAUGAUUAAGAAAAGGAGAAGUAGCAUUUCCGAAGUUGUUUUUAAAGCUGGUAGUUGAUACUAUACAAUUUAUCAAUCUGUUGAAGUCGAAGAGGUGUUCUCAAAUAUUAUACUAACGUGUGUGGGACAGUCAACCACUGCUUGUUUGAAGUCUGCUUUUGUGCACUUGUUGAAUGUUCUUUCCUGUUUGGUAUUGGAUUAGGAUUCUUAUGAGUGAAAUCCUGCUUAACUAGCCAUAGCUUAAUCUGUUUGGUGUUUACAUCCUGCAAAGUUUAACAAUAUUGUUCAUAUGGCGGACGAGGUUCUCUUUGAGUUCCUUCAUAUGGAGAUAGUAGCACAUGUGAGUAAGUCACACAGUCAUAAUGAACAGGAGCCUGGAAAGUGCAUCACCAUCCUAGAAAAAAUGGGUUUCAGGGUUGGACAAGGCCUAAUUGAGAGAAUCACAAAAGACAGCCCAUCUUUUAAGGAUGAUUUAGACGUUAUGAAGUUCAUUUGUAAAGAGUUUUGGAACAAUACUUUCAGAAAACAGAUCGACAAUCUACGUACAAACCACCAGAUCUCCUUGCUGGCCACAGUUACCACUUCAGUACCUUUUGAGGUCAUUACAGGUGCCAGUGUUGACACUGGCAGAUACAGCCAUGCUUCAUGCAGUGCCAGAUACUGGAUUACACCACAGCCAUCUAAUUGCACAUCUACAUCAGUGGUUCAUUCAUUGUCUCUGUUAUCUAUGCCAAUGCUAUCAAGACAUCUUUCCAGCUCCAGAAGACCGGGUUAG